AUGUCACACUUGAUUAAUAGUCACUUAAUUAUUUGUUUUUUAUCUUUAUAGCACAAUGCCCCAAUACCACAAGGAGGAAAAGGGUGUAUCCAGUUCGUUACUCAAUAUCAGCAUUCCAGUGGCCAGAAGCGUGUCAGAGUUACCACUUUAGCCAGGAAUUGGGCUGAUGCUGCAACACAGCUUAAUCACAUAGCAGCAGGCUUUGACCAGGAAGCUGCAGCUGUUUUAAUGGCUAGACUAGCUGUCCAUAGGGCCAUCAAUGAGGAAGGGGGAGAUGUCCUGCGCUGGUUGGACCGCAUGCUCAUAAGACUCUGCCAGAAGUUUGGGGAGUACCAUAAGGAUAAUCCAGAGUCUUUUCGCUUGUCACAAGAGUUCUCGCUCUACCCGCAGUUCAUGUUCCAUCUACGGAGAUCCCAGUUCCUCCAGGUCUUUAACAACAGUCCGGAUGAGACCUCCUUCUACCGUCAUAUGCUCCUAAGGGAAGACCUGACCCAGAGUCUCGUCAUGAUACAGCCUAUCCUCUACUCUUACAGUUUCAAUGGGACAGAGCCUGUCCUCCUGGAUAGCAGCAGUAUUCUACCGGACCGCAUCCUUCUCAUGGAUACCUUCUUCCAGCUUCUCAUCUACCAUGGCAAGACAAUAGCCUCCUGGUACAAGCAAGGUUACCAUGAACAGGAAGGACAUGAGAACUUUAAGCAUCUCCUACAAGCGCCACAGGACGAUGCCCAAGAAAUCCUUCAGAAUCGCUUCCCCAUGCCACGUUACAUCAUAUGCGAAGAGGGCAAGAGUCAGGCCCGAUUCCUUCUCAGCAAAGUCAACCCCUCACAGUCACAUAACUCAUAUGGAUGGGGACAGGAUGGAAGUGCUCCAGUGCUUACCGAUGAUGUCAGUUUACAGGUCUUUAUGGACCAUCUUAAGAAACUUGCUGUAUCAACCACGUCUUAAACCUUGCAAUCACUGUAUCCAUAUUUGCCACCAGAGUAUAUAGUAUCUUAGUCAUAUCCUCAUAGCUUUGUGUCCUAAUUUUCUCUCGGCUUAUCCUUUAAAUGGGGUUAGUCCUGUCAACCGCUUCUCAAUUGUCAAGUACAAUUCUUUUCUCAUUUGCUGUUUCAGUGUAAUGAUGCUUAGAUGUCUCCGACAAUUAAAUAUGAGUGUAGUUGUGUGUGAUCAGAAGUAGCUGAUAUUGGCAGAGCAUAUGAGUGUAUUAUGAAUAUAAGAUCGAUCUGUCUUGAGGUUUCAUGGGGAGUGGAUUAUACUUGUUGACACCGGACUAAAAAAGCAGUAAAAUAGCUGUAAUACAGCUUCAUUCUUGGUGGCUCAUCCAUUGAUGCUGUCCCCUUGAGAGAAUUACAGGCAUUCCUUUUCAUGUUUGAGUACCGUCAGAGCUGCAGUAUUAAAUUGAAUUCUUGAUGAAAAUAAAGGAUAAGAAUAUCUUUAGCUAUCAUGUAAUAUCUAAUGGUCAUGAACUGGAUUCCUUCUUGGAUGAUUGACAACAACUGUAAUGAUAUCAUCUGUAAUAAUGAUAUCAAACUCCCCAUGAAAGCUGUUAUUUGACACUUACAUGUACUAACAACUAUAAAAGUCAAUAUUGCCAAAGUUGCUGAUUGACACCUUUAAUAUACACAUGAAUCCCAUAGAGUUGCAUUUUCAAUUGUAUGCUUGGAAUAAAAGGGAAAGACCAAGAAGAAGAAAAUGGCCGAGAGAUGUGAUACAUUCACAAACUUUGGUUCAAUGUUAGGAAAGUUGAUUUUUAAUUGAUCAGUCAAGCAUAGGAAAGUUGUGAUGUACAUUCAAGCUUAUCCUCCAUUUGCCUCUAGUAAUACAGGCAAAAAAUUCUCCUGAAGACGACAAGAACACACUUGUCGAAACGUCGAGAUUGGGUGGUCGUUUUCAGGACCAACACUUGCCCAAGAAAGAUACAUGGUGUACCGUGAAACCUACACUAGGAAAAAAAAUUCUAGAAAUUUUUUACUUCCCAUGAGUUUACUCCGCCAUCAUAUAUGCCCCAUAAAAAGAGCAAUUAAAAUUUGAUCCAUUGCUUUAAAUAAGACAUUUUCUAAACAGGAAAAUGGAAUCAUAGCUCACAAAUUUUGUCAAUUUCUAUUCAAUUGAUUGCAUUUUUAAUAAUUCACCACAUAUUCCUAUUUUUCAUCAGGAGGAUUUUUUAUUGCCCCACCCUCUAAAUUUCUUCUUUUGUUUAAACAAAAUAUUUUGAGUUUGAGGCUCCCUUGAAUUUAGUUGUACAAUUACAGAGGAAGAACACCAAAUCUUCCAAUGGACUGGACCUGUGAGAUGAUCUCAUUGGUGUUUAUUUCUUUUCUCUGGAAGCAUUCAUGGCUUUACAACUUAUAGAUAAUCGGCAGCUACCCCUAUGCAGAAAAGCAAAAAAAUAUGUCUUGCCUAUUGAGAGAUGUUUUUGCUUGAAUUUACCCAAAGUCUUGCAUUAAUGGGGGUCUAUUGGCUUGCCCAAUGCCAUAAAUUUAGUGUACUAUGACUUGUGUAUAACCCAAUGUCAAAGAGAUUUAUAACUAUGUAUAUAUCAUAUUGCUAGUAUUGAGAGCUAUUAUUUUGCAGCACAGGUGAAGUUUUUGCAUGUACUGCCUUUAUUUCUAUUCUUGAGUGAAUAUGACGCACAAGCAAAGUACCCCCCUUCUGAUAUUAAAGUUUAAGAUUUUCUAAUUUUGUGGUCAAUGAAUCACAAGUCUGUCUUAUCCAUAUACCUCCAUUCAUUUUUCAUACAUCAAGUAUAAAGAAAAUGGGAAAUUACCUAUUCUCUUACCCAUGUUCCAUCUCACUCGUAUCUAUCUACCCACCCUCCCCAUUUUCUCUCUCUUUCCUCACUCUUUUCCCAUUUCUCAAUAUUUUUCUCUUUCACCUUUCCUUCUUUGUUACUUUUUUUGUAUCUCUUUAAUUUUCUGUAAACUAUUCAAUUUCUACGCAUUCUUUUUUAAAAAUUCCUAGUAAUAUCCUUGCAUCUCCUGAAACAAUAAAGAUUAUCAGUUCUCCUGCUAUAUUUGUUGUCUCUUACCUCAACAUGACUGCCUAUACGCCAAUGCUACCCAUAUAAUAUCCCCAGAUGUGAAAAUCAUCACAAAUAGUUGUAUGAUAAUUUCAUUAUAAGCAGAGUCAAUAUCAAUUUGAACAUGUGUGCCUUCUUUAGCUCUCUGAAUUUAAUGGGAUGAGAAAUCAUCCUGCUUUUGAUGAUCAGUAACAAUUCAAAAAGUUGUGUAUUGACGAGGACAAAGGUGAUUGACUGGCAGUAGUAUUGCUUCUUUGUUGUAUCAAGAGAGAUGGAGGAAGGGAGGGAGAGAGAACAAAGCAGUUAUUGCAUUUCAAAAGAACAGGAAUAAACAGAUCUUGGGAUUGGAAUUUUGUUCAGGCUGAUCCACAAUUUGUAUUAUUUUGCUAAAGAAUUUCAUCAUUGCCAUGAUAAUUUGAUGAUAUUCAAUACACAUGUAAUAAUCUAGAUCCCUGUAAAUUGGAUACAUUUUAAGAUGUUAAAAUAUAUAUUUAUAUGUGUAUUUCAUAAAUUAUUAAGUAGGUUGUCAUGUAUCAGGCGUCAGAUUGAUGUCACAAUGACAACUCAAGUCACAACCACUGACUCAAGCACCUUAUCAAUGUUGAGGGCCAUUGAACUUUGUACAGGAACUAAAGUGUUGCAAGUCAAUUUAACUGUGACUUGUUACAACUCUGACGAUAUUAUGUUCACUGAAACUACAUUCAUUUUGUAUAUCAUCUAACAAUAGAAAAAUGUUUUUGAUAAAGUAUUAUGUAUAAGAUAGUACAAGAAGCAGAAUGUUUUUGAAAUAUGGAUGCGAGUCAUAAUGCAUAAUUGAGAUUGUACCUUGAUAAAGCUAUUCCCUCCAUAAUUAUUUCUCCUAUCUCUAUUAAAAGCAUCAAGGUCACUAUCUGGAAUUAUGUUAUUUUUAGCUUUGUUUGAGAUACUGCAUUUCCACUAAUGUAAGGUAAACUUGUAUUGAAUUAUCCGACCAUCAUGGAAGCUUAAUAAACCAAUUUGUUAAUGUGUGAAGCUCCAUUUAACUAAUUAAUUGGUAACAACAUAUUUCACAAGAAGCGUUCUUUGAUGGUGAAUGUUGUUGAUAUUGGUAGAUAUGUCUUGGCAUCAAUGUGGUGUUCUUUUCUCUUUUUAUUUAUAGCAAUUUUAUCAUUCCUGAUUUUGUUUCAUGUAAUCCAGUUCACUUUGAAAAUGACUAAAUUAUUUGGAAAAUAAACUAGAUUAAUCACUUGUUCUGCCUAAAAUUGUAAUGUUAAGAAAUACUUAUUGUGAUUUUGAUUGUCCAACAUAAUUCUUGUAUCAUUGUGAUGUAUUAGCAUUAAUUCCAAGAUUUAGAUAAACUAUUAAAUAGGUAUUGUACAGACAUA